AUGUCUCCCAAGUCAUCAUUGGACAAGGAGCAGGCCUUGGGCCAUGUCGAGAACCUUGACGGUACCACCCAGGUCAUUGAAAUUGAUGGUUUCAGGGUCCUUGGGCUUUCGCCAGAUGAUGCAGACUUUUACAGCAAUUAUCCUGAGGAGAAGAGGAAGAAGAUUAUCCGCAAGGUCGACGUACGGCUGGUCCCAAUGCUGGCUGUCCUGUAUCUCAUCGCACACAUCGACCGAGCCAAUAUCGGGAACGCCAAAAUCGAAGGCAUGAUUGAAGAGCUUAAUAUGACUGGAGUGCAGUACAACACAAUCCUCGCCGUCUUCUUCAUCCCUUACGUGCUUUUCGAAGUGCCAAGCAACAUUCUUCUCAAGAAAUGGGGUCGACCUUCGUGGUACCUGGGGACUCUCAUCACUAUAUGGGGCAUCAUUAUGACCCUUACUGGAGUUGUCAAAAAUUAUGGUGGGCUCAUGACUACACGUAUCUUACUUGGCGUCUUCGAAGCUGGAUUCUUCCCUGGCGCGAUCUACCUAUGCUCCUACUGGUAUAUGCCGAAGAACUUAGCCACCCGCAUCUCCUACUUCUACUGUGCUAGUGCAUUGUCUGGUGCAUUUUCUGGACUCCUCGCCGCCGGGAUUGCAAAGAUGGAUGGGACUGGAGGAUAUAGCGGAUGGCGGUGGAUCUUUAUCCUAGAGGGAAUCGUUACCGUCAUCCUCGGUAUCGCUUGCUUUUUCCUUUUGAUCGACUCUCCGAAGCGUGGCAAACGCUGGCUCGACUCGGAUGAAAUUCGAUUCCUGGAGCUCCAGAUGUUCAUCAAACAAGGGGGGCGGUUCCACGAGGAAUCCGGUUUCAAGAUGAGAGACCUCAAGAUUGUGUUGAUGAACUGGCGUCUGUAUCUGCAGGCCUGGUUCCUGUUUUGCCAGUCUGCGACUUCCUACGGUACCAAGUUUACCAUGCCAACAAUCACCAAAGUAAUGGGUUUCUCAACAACCAACGCUCAACUUAUGUCCGCACCCCCGUACGUUGUUGGCGCAAUCUCGUCUAUAUUUUUCGCUCGCCUAUCAGAUCAUUUCUACUGGCGCAUGCCAUUUGUUGCUAUCCCAAUGUCCAUGCUGAUUGUCGCUUACGCAAUCAUCAUCUCUUUCCACGGUGCCCUAUCCGCCAACCUCGGUGCGGCUUAUUUUGCAGUGUGCCUAGUCUGUGCAGGUAUCUACCCUAUUCAGCCGGCUGCUGCAGCUUGGAACGCAAACAACCUUGCCCCCGCGACGCGGCGAAGUAUUGGUGUGGCACUCAUGAAUGCAGCGGGUAACUGCGGCGGCAUUGUUGGGAGCUUCAUGUUCAUUGACAAGGAGAGCCCACAGUAUUACACCGGGUUUGGCCUUGGUCUGUCGUUUGGCGCUACAGGGCUGUUGGUAUCGUUCCUGCUGGAGAUGAUUUACAAGUGGACGAAUGCUCGCAAAGCAAGAAUGUCGGAGGCAGAGGUGAGGGCAAAGUAUACGGAAGACGAAUUACUGGAUAUGGGUGACAAGUCGCCCCUUUUCAUGCACGUUUUGUAA